GUUAGCUGUUGGUUAAGUGAAAAUACCUAAUCAGAAGUGACCAGGAAAAAUACAACCUCAAACAAUUAGAAUCAUGAUAUUAUAAGGUAACACAUAAUUAAAACUAAACUUAAUAUCGAUCAAUAUAAAUCAUUCUUCAAUGACAUUAGGAGUACUUCGAAUUUUCAAAACUCCCUAAAAAUAAAAUGGACUAUCCAACUAGAGUACAUCGAUCAAGCGUUCAACAGAAGUUCACCAACUUUUUUAAAAGAAAAAUUAUUCAGGAACAAUGUACCGAGCAAUCUUUAACCAGAUUGAAGGAAGCAUUUUGGGCAACCGAGAACGAUGCGAUGAACAAGUCUCAAUUACAAAAUGCUUUUCGGGAUAUUCUUCAGAUAUUUAUGGACAAAGAAGAGUUUAAUAUAAUUUUCAGGAAGAUAAAUAUGAAAAACGAUGGCUUAGUUACUUGGGAUGAAUUUAUUUCUUAUUUGAUUUUGGAAUUGAAAGGAAAAGAUGUUGCUCUUCAUUGGCAACCGUUGGAUCCGCCAAUUCUUGGAAUUUCUCUGAUGAAAAAAACCCAUCAUCGAAGUCCCGUUUUUAAAAUUGUCUUUUGCCCAGAAAUACUUCCAGAUAGAUCCUGGAGUUUUAUGCGAGGAUGUUACUUAAGUGCCAGCAAGGACGGAAUCAUAAAUUACUGGACACUAGAUUUGGAAUAUCAGCGAACUGUAAAAUCAUCAAAUCCUUUUAUGAAAAUUCAGACAACGAUGAUUACAGACAUGAUUGUGAUGCCAGAUAUUGAAAUUGUUUGUACGAGUUCGAUUGAGCGAGAUUUAAGAUUUUAUGAUACUGUUGCAAAUAACUUUGAUCUCCGAGUAAUGAUCUCAAAUUUUGAAACAUCAAUAGUUUGUAUGAGUUACUAUUUUAGUAAAAAUGUUAAAGAAGACUCGUUUUUAAUCUUGGGAGAUAUGAAUGGAGAAGUUAAAGCGAUGUCUUUUCAUUCAAAAGAAAAGGGGCCUUUUAAACAUGUUCCUGAACGAGAUCUUCUUCAUCUACGAUAUGCAGCAGUUCUUGCAGGAGAACUGAAGACCCUAAAAGUGGAAGAAUUUAAGAAUAUUCACGAUGACUGGGUGUGCCAAGUAGCCUAUUACGAGAGCCUUAGAGCUUUUGUUUCAUGUAGUAAUUGUUCCGAUUGUUCUCUACUUGUGAGCCAUCCAAGUAGUAAAAAGAUUCAGUACAAAUUCAGUGUUCCCAAAGGCAUUACCUGCUUCACGUUUUGCGAAGCAAAUCAGAUGUUAGUGACUGGUGGUCCAGAUAGCAUUGUUCGAAUCUGGAAUCCAUUUGUACCAAAAAAAGCAAUUAUGUCUUUCUAUGGUCAUCGAGCUGCGAUUUGUGCUCUCUUCGCUAAAAGUUUUGGAAAACGGAUUUAUUCGUUAUCAAAGGACAGAUACAUUAAAGUUUGGGACGUUCCAUCCUCUUCUUGCAUUCAGACAGUUCCAAUUGAAUUAGGAGAAGAUUCCAUAAUGUCAGCAAUUUACAAUGAUGUGACUCAAAAAAUGAUAAUAGCCAGUCAAUUAAUAGCAAUUCUCGUUUGCGAAAGAAUAAUCGACGAGGAUAUUUCUGAUGGUUAUUCUCACACAAAACCAAUUUCCUGCGUUCUUUAUAAUCACUUAUUCAAAGUGAUUGUUUCAACGAGUUUAGAUUCAUGUAUAACAGUCUGGAAUCCAUGGUAUGGAUAUCGAUUAAGUUUUGUGAAAAAAGCACACAAUCGAUGGAAAUAUGGAGAAAAAGUAGGUGUCGAAAUUACAGCCGCUUGUUUUGAUUCUUCUGAGCAACUGUUGGUAACUGGAGCCAGAGACGGAUCGGUGAAAAUAUGGCAAUUUAAUACUGGAACUUGUAUUCGAAAUAUGAUUGUUGAAGACAACAGUGAAGUAACUGGCUUGGCGUGGUUCGACAACCGAAUUUUGUGUGUCGGCUGGAAUCGUUUCAUCACAGAAUUUACAGAAACGGAAAUUGGAACUCACAAAUCAUACUGGGAAGCCAGACACACUGAAGAUAUCACUUGCGUUUCGAUGGGACAUCCACAAGCUUUAGCGACUGCUUCUUAUAAUGGAGAAAUAAUUCUUUGGCGAUUGGAAACUGGUCAACCUUAUAGAAUUUAUCAAGCAAGCGAUCCAUCUGGAAGGCAAAACUUUGAAAAAAUCAAUUAAAAUGAUAGAAUAAUCUAUAAAAGCAAAGGAAUCAUUUUCACUUCCAUUUUUCAGGCAACUCAAUCGCUGGAUCAACUAAAAAAAUCCAAACAACCAACUUCCAAUUUGGGUGAUACGAUAUCAGGCAUUGCCAUUUCUGAUGUUUUGUUUUUAAAUUCGAGACCAACGGCUGCAGAUGUUGGAACUUUGCUGGUUGCCCUUGAAUCUGGAUUAAUUCAAAUUUGGAACCAUCAUCCUGGGGCUGGAUUUUUAAAUGCAUUCUCAGCUAUUCACAAACGUGAAGACUUUGUUAGAUCUUUAACUACUGACCCAGAAAAUGAAUUUUUAAUAACAGGACAUCAGAUCGGAUACAUAAAAGUUUGGUUGCUUAAAAAUUAUAUGCUUGCUGAUCCUCCAAAAAUUAACAUGUGUGCUUUAAGACUCGAAUUUCCCUUCCUCUGGAAAGACAGGAUAAACGGGGGAGCAAAAAGAGCCGUUAGGGAUCAACCCCUUCCACUUUUAGUAUCAUCAGUACGAGGACACGCAAAAUCUAUUAAUUCCAUUCAAUUUGUACCAGGAGCCAGAAUAAUUAUCAGUGGGAGUUCCGAUCACUCAAUUAAAAUUUGGACACUAGGUGGGCGUUAUAUUUCAACUUUAGGAACUUUCAAACCAUGGAUGCCAAUUUUACCAAAUAUUCCGGUUCAGAAUUAUAUGACAGAUUACAGAAUUCCUCCAGAUGUGGAAAAAUCGACGAGCUUUACAACUUUAAAGGUUCUUCGCGGUGGUGAAAAAGAAGAAAAAUCGGAAGAUAAAUCUGACGAUCCCGAAUUAACUAUACAAGUUUCAGAGGAAGAGAGAUUCGCCCUUUGGGGACAUCGAUUAGAAGACUCAGUUCUCGGAAAAUAUUACGAAAUUCCUACUCAAUCUACACUACGAAGCGACGUUAUUCUCGAUACUUCUCUAAAAGAUAUUUUCGUGUACAAUUACCUGAAAACAGAUGACUUAAAACACGUGGAAACACCGGACGCACCUUCAAUUAUAAGGAGCAACAAUGGAAGAACAGUUUCGUACAUUACGCACCCAGAAGAUUAAAAUGCGCAGAAGGUACCUUCAAGUCUAUAUUUCCACUGGUCGUGCAAAUUGAAAUCUAAAAUUCGAAAAGCUUUCUAAAA